UCCUCCUCUCCACAGCGCUUACGUCACCACUGUGAGAUCUCCGGGAUUUCGGCGACAGCGGCGGCGCUAGGUGGUGUUGGAGCAGCGCACGCAGAACGCGUGUACCGUCGGACUCCGCUCAAUAUGCAACGUGGACGAAGGCUGUGCGACGGGAAAACUUCGUACCUACGAAGUGGUCUGUGAGCACCACUUCCAUGAAAAUGACUUCGUGGACUCGGCGAGCUAUACCGACAACAUGACUGGAAAAGUAAUUGAAGUACCCCUCAAACUAAGGCGAUUGAAGCCUUCUGAAAUCCCAAGCAUCUUUCCCAAUUGCCCUGCCUACUUGUCUCGACAAGCAACUAAAGCACGUGAGAGCCCCGAAGAAAAGCGCGCUCGUCUUGAUGCAGAGGCAUUACAGGAAACUAUAAAAUUAUCAGUGCAGUAUAACGAAGCAGAAGAAAAGAAGAAUGCCAUCGCCAGUUUCGGAGACCUAUUGAAAGCAAUAGGUGGUCUCUCUCUUACUGACUUCUGGAGCAAGGUCGUCACUCAAACACAAGUACUUUUUCUCAAAUUCCACAACCAAGAAGCGCCAGUUGUGCAUUGUGCGGUGACAGUGUCCUCGGACCUUUCUUUGGCGGUGUAUGCCGGUGAAACGAGAAUGGAAAACCUAGGUUCAUCUGUGCUUCCCUCGACGAUCUCUGACUUCAGAGUGCUGCAGAAAGUUUUGUGCGACGUGGAAGAUGUCGUGAAGGAUUCUUCAAAGAAUGAACUUCAGUUAGAGAUUCUGCUGAAGCGUAUUGUGGCACUCCUGGAGCAACUAUCAUCAUCAACUCUUCCACAUGAGUGGCAAGUGCAAGUUGUCAAAUUUGUGACACAGCAGCUUCAAGUUCUCCUCACCAAGGCAUCAAUUUACCCAGCCGACUUUCUCGUGUUCUACAGCCUUGUGUACACUAUAUCGCCACAUGCAAGUACAGCAAAACUGAAGCUUCCAAAUCCCCAAACAAUAAGGCGCAUUUGUGCUUCUUACAAUGCUAGCCCAUCCAGGGAGCAACAAGAUGAUGCUUUCCUCUCAUAUGCAAGGAGGCUGGCGUCAACACUAAAAGACCAUGAGCGCUUUGUCACGCUUAUGAUGGACGAGAUCCACCUGCAGGCAUCCUUUCAAUAUAAGGGUGGAUAUGUGACAGGUUCAGCGACAAACAGUGAGAAUGCAGCAAAAAACAGCAUACGUUUUUAUGAUGCAAAAAUCAAUUCUGAUGACCUUCACUCCGCAUUCAUUUGCAUUCCGUCAUCAGCACAGUGCCUUUUAGGCGAAUGCAAUCAGUCUAAAGGCGGGUCCCUGACAGUGGAGGAACUUAAUAUCCCAGAAGAAGAAAUACUGCUAGCGACGUGGGAGGCAGGCGACCUUGUGAAAAAGGUUUUGGAUGCUGAUACUUUUUUGAAUCAUCUUCGGGUUCUAGUGGCAAAGUGGAUCGUGCACAACCACAUCAGGAAGACACAAGGCAAAGUUAUCUACGAGGAAAAGCAAUGUACACAGCGUGGCAGCAUUGUAUUCCACUUUGAUUUUGCUGAAAACUGGACUGUCGUGCUUCCUGACGAAGUUCAGGCAUACCACUGGAAAAAGCAACAAGUAUCCGUGUUUACAUGCGUGGUAACAACGAAAAAAUCUACGGAGAGUUUCACUAUUGUUAGUGACGACUUGAACCACGACUCCGCUCACGCCUGCUUGGCUCUAAAGAAAGCGACAGAAUGGGUGGACGAUAACUUGCCGGUGUACUCCAAGGUGACGUAUGUGAGUGAUGGAGCCGCCAGUCAUUUCAAAAAUAGAUACCGCCUUUACGAGUUCGGAAAGAGCGAUUGUCCCAAUACCCAAUGGAUAUUCUCAGCAACUGGACACGGGAAAAACGCGUGCGACGGAGUUGGAGGACUUGUCAAGCAUCAAGCAAUGCUCAACAACUUGAGAACAAGCCCUGAAAGUGCAAUUCGGGCAGCCAGAAACUUUGUAACAAUUUUAACAGAAAAACUGAAAGGUGUGCAUCUAAUACAUCUUGAAGAAAAAGAAGUUGUUGCCUUCCGCGACUUAAAGAAGGAUGAGUGGAUGAAAGUGCCCGCCUUCCAUGGCAUUCAGUCUUGGCAUGCCUGGCAGCUAUCCAGGUCAACGGAAGCAUCUCCUGAAUUGUACGUGGCACGCAUAGCCGGGUCUGCAUGGAAGAAGAAGAAGAAGAAGAUGUUUAUUUUCCAGAUUAUUAUGCACGAGUAA